UACACUACACUACGACGAGCUACACCCACCCGUCACAGCCCCUUUGCCAUCAACAGCCCCGCAAAGAGCCUCGAAUCUUCCUUGGAUUGCCUCCUGCUACAUCUUGCACUUGUCGCCAAUUCACCACUCAAGAUUCAUGACACUGCCGAGGAUCCCACCGCUACAAUCCGUCCUAAACCGAGUUUCGACUAACUUCUCUCCACCGGCCACCACCGACUAUGGACGUGCGGGUAUCACAUUCCAUGGGCUCCACCAUAGCUCUUAUGCUAGUUUGGCAAUGUCCUUAAAAAGUGACAAUGCCCGCUCAUCCUGAUCUUGAAUCUCGAUCUGAAAGUCUCUAUCAUUCCAAUUCAUUCAAAAUCUUCUGCAAUCAUCAUGUCUCCCAUUCAGUUCGACAAGUUCUACAACAUCGUCAACGCCGAGCAGCGUGGCAGCAAGGAGAUCCACCGCAACGUUAACCCCGCUACUGGCGCGGAGAACUGGGAGGUUCCCAUUGCCUCUGAGCAGGAUCUCAACGACGCGGUCGCAGCAGCCAAGAAGGCCUUCCCAUCAUGGAGAGAUACCCCUCUCGAGAAGAGGAGAGAGCUAUUGGGCAAGUACAUUGAGCUCUUCAGCCAGCACCAGGAGGACUUCAUCAACCUCCUCUGCAAAGAGACCGGUAAACCAAGGAAAUUCGCUGCCGUUGAGGUUGGAGGUGUCGUUCCCUUCAUUGGAUAUCACUCCCAGCUCAAAAUCCCCGAUGAGACGGUUGAGGAUGAAGAGAAGACCAUCUAUACUGAGUACACUCCCCUUGGUGUCUGUGGAGGUAUCAUCCCAUGGAACUUCCCCUUGAUCCUUUCCAUUGGCAAGAUCGCACCAGCAUUGCUCACUGGUAACACCAUGAUCAUCAAGCCCUCACCUUUCACCCCCUACACUGGUCUCAAGCUUGUCGAGCUGGCUCAACAGGUCUUCCCUCCAGGUGUUCUCCAGGCUGUUGGUGGAAACAACGAGCUCGGUGCUCUUUUGACCACCCACCCCGACGUUGCUAAGAUUUCUUUCACCGGUUCCAUUGCUACCGGAAAGAAGGUUAUGGAGGCUAGCGCAAAGACUCUCAAGCGUGUCACCUUGGAGCUUGGCGGUAACGAUGCAUCCAUCAUCCUCCCCGACGUCGAUAUCAAGAAGGUUGCCCCCGAGGUCGUCAUGGGUGCCUUCCAGAACUCUGGCCAAGUCUGCGUAGCCACCAAGCGCAUCUACAUCCACGAGUCGAUCUACAAGGAGUUCCUUGAGGAGAUGGUCAAUUUCACCAAGACGAUCAAGGUCGGCAACCCAGACGACGGUGACAACCUCCUCGGACCCAUCCAGAACAGCAUGCAGUACGAGAAGGUUAAGGGUUUCUUCGCCGACAGCAAGGCCAAGGGCUACAAGUUUGCCGUUGGUGAGCCCGACGUUGCUGCCUCCAAGGGAUUCUUCAUCCAGCCUACCAUCAUCGAUAACCCACCUAACGACUCCAUGAUCAUCACCGAGGAGCCUUUCGGUCCCAUCGUGCCUACCCAGCCAUGGUCCGACAUCGACGAGGUCAUCGCCCGUGCCAACAACACCAACACCGGCCUUGGAGGCUGCGUUUGGGGCAAGGACGUCGAGGCCGCUAAGAAGGUCGCUAAGAGGAUGGAGGCUGGAUCCAUCUUCGUUAACAGCUACGAGAAGCCUACUCCCCAAGCCAUCUUCGGUGGCCACAAGGAGUCUGGUAUUGGAGGUGAAUGGGGCACCACUGGUCUCCUUGCCUUCAUGAACGCACACGUCAUCCACGUCUACAAGUCAUAAGUGUCUUGAAAGUUAAGGUGUAGGAUAUGAUGGAAAUGAAUUUACGAAAAUAAAAGCAUUGGCCGGAAAUAGUAAAGCCUGCAAGGGAGUGUCCAUUUACUUGGAAACAGUAU